GGUUGGCGAUAAAUGGCGUUAGGCUUUGAAUGUGAUGUAUUGAGGUAAGGUAGCAUUCAAAGCUAGCGAUUUAUAAAACUGGAAGUUGAAGAGCACACAGAAGUUUGUUCAUAACAAACGGUACAGAAGAGUCGUGAAGAAAAAAAGUAUAAAGAAAUUGCUUGUUAAUAUUAUUGGCUUUUAACUGAAAGGAAGGAAUGAAAAAAAUGUCACAAGAAAACUAUACUUUUGAUUUCGAGUUUCUCAAUAAAACUUCACGUCAAAAUGACACAUUGGCACAUUCAAAACCUGAAUGUGAUAAAAAUCAGCCUGCCACACCCUUGCACAUGCAUAUGUCCAAUCAGUUUUGUGAGAGGUUGGACAUUGGGCAUGGUGGGGGUGAGACAGCCAUAGCACAGAAUUCACAAUCAUCAUCAUUUACAAACACUUCAAAGUCUGAAGCAACUAAUUUUAAAACUGGAUUCCAUCAUUGUCAAUCAUCACACUAUACAGGUCCUAACAGCUUUACGGACGGGGAAGUAGUGUUGACCACAAAUACAACUCAGUCAUGUAACGGUAUUAAUAACAAAAUUGAAUCUUAUUGUGAUAAAAAACAAUUUUAUAAAAACAUUUCACGGGAAGAAAAUUGGUGUAGUGAUUCAAAUGAAGCAUGUUGGCCAGUAGAAAGUUCUUCAAACACAGGCCCGCUUGAUUCAGAUAAUAGUUAUAAUCCCGAUUGUGGCGAUUCAAUUUUACACAAGUUUGAACUAUCACAGAACAAUGAGCCUCGAUCAGUAAAUGAACCACAACGUGGGAAGGAAGACAAACUAGAAAACAAGUUAUCUGAUGUGUGUAGCACUGUUUCUGGACCUCUUGACAAUAUGAAACUGAAGGAUGUGUCCUCUGCAUUUUGUAGGAUGUCAAAGAAUAAAAAAUUAACAAACACACCUUAUGAAUUUUCUUCUUGUAUCAAGGUGAGACGUAUAAAUGAACCUCUUGAUACGUGGGAAGGCAGUCAUUAUCGUGAAAAAGAUCAGGAGGAAUCAGUGAAUAAUGUAGACAGUGAAAAUAGAGUGAAAACAAGGAAACAGCCAGGUAAAGAAAUAGAAUUAGAUACGGUUGAGUUGGGAGGCAGAGAUGAUAAUGAUGCAUCGUGGUCAGUGGAAAGUUUUACAAACGCAGAUCUACUUGGUCCAGAUAUAGUUACAAGUGAAUUAGAUGAUAGCUAUGGCCCAGACUCUGAACCGAGUAGAAAUGCAACAUUAAGUUUACGUUUUGCCAAAGAUUCAGACUUACAGAAGCGUGAACUGUUGUUGAUUAAUAAAUCCCAGGCAAUAAAUGAAUUACAGCAAGAAAAAGCAAUCAAACAGGAAAUCAAGUCAUCGAACAUGUGCAGCAGUGUUUCAGGUCCUGCCGAUGAGAUGAAACUGGAGGGCGUACCCGGUGCAUCGUGUAGGAUGCCAGAGAAAAGAAAAUUAAUAAACACGCAGAAUAAAUUUUCUUCUCAUAGCAAGAUAAGACGUGUGGCCGAUGCUAAUGACGUGUGGGAAGGCAACUGUUAUCAAGAGGGAAUAAAAGAUCAGGAGGGGUCAGAGAUAGUAGAGAAUAACACAGAUGGUGAAAUUGGGGCGAUUAAAGAAAAACAUUCAGGUCAUGAAGUUGAAUUUGAUAUCUUGGAUGAGGUUGAGUUGGGAGGUGAAGAUGAUAAUGAAGAUGAAGAUAGUUUUGAUGGAAGUGACAGCGAUAUCUUGGAAGAUGAAGUUGAUGCUAUGCUUGAACAAGGGCUUCAAGCUGCUCGUCAGAAAAAAUUUGAAACAAGUGCCACAUCUACUGAAGCUGGAGGAGGAGAUGAUCUUGCUCACAUAGAGAGGCAUAAAGUUGUUUUGAAAGUGCGAGGCCACGACCAUUUCGACAUGCUUCCUGAAGGUUGGAUUGAAGUCGGCCAUAACAGUGGAAUGCCAGUCUACCUGCACAGACAGACACGAGUGUGUACACUAUCUAAACCAUACUUCCUGGGCCCUGGGAGUGCUAGAAAACAUGAGGUUCCAGUCUCAUCAGUUCCGUGCCUUCAUUACAAGCGAGAGCUUGAGAAAGAAAAUGAAACAUCUACUAACCUUGGGAGUGCUGGAAAUGAAGAAGAAAUUGAAGAAGAAUCAUUGUCAGCUACAGAGACCAUUCCAAGGGCUAAAGUGGAAAGUUUACAAGAAAAUAAGAAAGAACAGUCUAUAGAUCCACAAAGUCUUCGUGAGUAUUGUAGCAAACUUUUCCAGUUCCAGACUAUUACAGUUCGAAGAUUCAGGACGUGGGCUGGCCGAAGGAAACAUCAAAAGAUGGUAAAGCAACGUGAUAGACCAACCUUGCCAGAGGGCACAAAAUUGAUAACCUGUCCCCUGCCUUCAGCUCCAGACAAAGGACCCCCUCAAACUAGUGGAGCCAAAAGAGAAUUUGUUAUGAAUCCAAGUGGAAAGUCCUUUAUUUGUAUUCUUCACGAGUACGUUCAACAUGCUAUGAAGCUUCAACCCCGCUACGUCUUUAAAGAACUGGAGAAUGCAUCAAUGCCGUAUGGUGCCACAGUGAUAAUUAAUGACAUGGAGUAUGGCACGGGUUACGGAAGUAGCAAAAAACAGGCCAAAUCAGAAGCUGCUAGAGCAACAUUAGAAGUACUUAUCCCUCAAAUGAAGCAUGUGACUAUUGAUAACAAGAAGACUGACCAGGAUCAACAGGAUGUAGCGUUCUUUGAUGAAAUUCGGAUUGAAGAUCCUAGAAUUAAUGACUUGUGCGUCAAAGCUGGUCAGCCUUCACCAUAUCAGAUCUUGCUGGAGUGUUUGAAAAGGAAUUAUGGGAUGGGAGACACCCAGAUCAAGAUUGAAUUGAAAUCAUUAAAACACCAGAAGAAUGAGUUUACCAUGACAGUGGGGAAGCAGAAAGCAACAGUGUUGUGUAAAAACAAGAGGGAUGGGAAACAACGAGCCUCUCAAGCCAUUCUUCAGGGCCUCCAUCCACACAUUGCGUGUUGGGGUUCCCUUCUCCGUCUCUAUGGAAUUGGUUCUUGUAAAACUUUAAAGGAAAAAAAGGAGGAAGAACAGAGAAUCACCGAGCUUCAAAGCAAGGCAUGUGCCCACAAGCCCAAUUAUUCUAUCUUGAACAAACUCAAGCAAGAGAUGUUAAAACUAAAAGCUCGUAGGGAAGCUGUCAAGCCUAUUGGGAAGUUUAUUCCUCAGAACCUAGAAAUUCUUCCAUCUCCGUCAACCUCAAACUUGAACAAUGUCGACCUGUAAUUCAAGUUAUGUGAUGUAAUUUCGUUCUUUUUUUUUCAACUUCUGCCUUGGGGGAAAAAAAAUCGAGCUUUGAGGUACUCUGAAUAAUUAAUGGUAUAUAAUUGUAAUGAUAAAUAUUAAUUUCCACCUUAUGAUGACUAUCUAAUGUCUACUGUGUUAGGGAAUGUCGAGUGUUCUUUAUUUUUGUGUGCGUAUGUUUCAACAUUUGAGUUGUUGAAAAAAAAAUUGGUUGUAUUAGAAUAAAAAUUUAACUAAUGUGAAAGUUUGAGAAUAUAGGCUACGUCAUAUUUUACCUUCAUGAUAAUUUUAUUACUGACUUUAGUAAUAAUUUGACUAUUAAUGUAUGAUGAAGUAGAGAGUUAUGGACUUAAUCUUUUUAUAAUGAUUUAUUUCACCAUAUUCGUGGGUAUUUAUAUUUACUGUAGAAUCAUGUUUCGCUCUUUUUGAAUUAAUUUUUUUUUAUUAUUAUUGUAAUGUUUUACUUUCUCUGUUUAAGGCCUAGAUUUGGUCAAGUAUUCAGAUUAAGGCCUAGAUUUGGUGAUGUAUUCAGAUUAAGAUAUUACCAGAUACCGGGAAUAGUUGAUAUUACGAGAACAUUAUGGAAGCACCUAUUGAUACCAGUUAUUUCUCUUCUUUCACUGUUAUAUUCAAAGUAUUUAACAAAGAACAUUAAACCUGUUGGUUAACCUUAUCCUCUGCUUGGAGCAACGUCGUGUUUUCUAAUGUUUUGAUAAAUUCCUCGAAUAUCUGACACAUUUGUGCCAAGACUUCGAGAACUUUUAUAAGUAGGUUUUUCCACUAAAUGAAAAAGCAUUCCUAAGACUAUACGGAAUCUGUAAAAAUUGAGUAAGUCCAAAUUUGUUUUUCCAUUUUAUAUUUAUUUCAGCCAGUGACAGUAAAUGUGGAAUUCUCUUUAUGUGAAAAGAAUAUUUAUCCAACGAUCCUCCUGUUUAACAUGAGAAACCCAACUUCGUCUGCGUUUUUUUCCCUGUAAAAUAUGUCCAAUUUACAUACCUAAAACUAGGUGUUUCGCAGAGAAAACUUGAACUGUUGGAUCAGAUAUUUGCUAGUAACGAACUAAAUAAAUCUAUAUUAUAAAACUAGUUUAGUGGCACAAACAUUUUCUGAUAGAGCAACCAAUUUCUUUCUGGAAAAAAACCUCAACAUAAUCAUUACUGAAACGUGCAUAUAUUGCCUCUCUCUCGGCCAGAAACUAUUUGAGAACUGGAUAUUUUUUUAUAUCUUAAUAGAAAGUCCUUCCAUAGGAUGUUGUUAAUUUGUACAGUUCUAAAAAAAACUAGUAAAUGUAUCUCGAAGAUUGGAAUUCCACAAAUAUUUCAUAUUGUUUUGUAAAUGACACAGGAAUGCCUGUCUUUGUGUUCCUUUUUUUUUAACGUUUUUGGUGGGUGAAAGGUUAUUUUUAUGCUAUGCCAUCUUGCUGUUAUAAUGAAUCAGGCUAUAACAAAGCACUCUAUUCUGAUCAUUCUAUCAGUUAGUUGCAGUAGGUGAUGUCACGAAAGAUUUGAUUGUAAAAGGAACCAUUUUAAAAGCAUGAGAAAGUCGAGUUUUAUGAGAUGUUGGAUAUUUUGAAAUGUUAUUUGCUUCGCACUUUGAUUAAUUUGGAUUUCAGAAUCUUCUUCAAUCUCUCAAAGCAAAUAUAACUUAGUGAUGAUAGAUUCUAAACUUCAUGAAGAACUACGAUUUCAAUUUUACUGUUGUUAAACUUUUCAGCCACAUGUCUUUUGUAAGGUUUAAUUGUGAAGCCUUGUAAGUAAUUUCAUCUUGUAAUAGUGUAAAUAUUUUUAUUUGGUUAAAACUUUCACUGAUAUAUUUGAGAAGUAAGAAUACUUAUUUAGUAAAAUGUUUCUAAUCAAAUUUAUUAAUGACUGUUGAAAUUACAAAAACGUUUCUUAACUAUUUUUUUUUUUAUUCGUUUAAUAUACUACGAUAACUCGGUAAUUUUUCUGUUAUUGGAGAAUGCUUAAAUUCAAUCAUGGAGUUUUAUAAUUGAUUAGUGAAGGUUAUAUUCAAUCAUGAGGUUAUUAUUAUCUUACUUAGUGUCAAUUUUUUUUAUUACUUUUUAAAUUUCUUUAUUCAGAAUGGUUGUCCACAGUCUGAAUCAAAUGAAAAAAAAAUCUGGCAAGAAUUAAUUUUUUGGUUUUAUUUUUGAUGUACUAGUUUAAUAAAUCAGUCGUGACUCGAAGAAAAAUAAUUAUUGUUUGAUAACAUAUAAAAUAUUUUAAAGAGUUUUGUUCAAAAAUUAAGUUAUGUAUAAUCUUUGGCUGAGUUUCUGUGCUAAAAUUAAACUUAGUAUUUUAAAGACUUAUUUUGUAUUUAUUUAUUUUUCUUGCUACAUUAAAAUUACUUUCAGUGUCAA